AUGGCGCCCGCAAGUCGACGAGCCAACAGCUCCUUACCUGAAGGUUACGCCGAGGACAAGUCCAAGGGCCCCAUGCUCCGCUUUCAGGAAUCGCUGCCCCGUCUGCCCGUGCCCACCCUCGACGAGACAGCGGCCCGCUACCUGAAGUCUCUCCACCCGCUGCUCAGUCCAGGCGAGUUCGAGCAGAGUAAGAAGGCGGUGGCGGAUUUCGUCAAGCCCGAUGGUAUCGGCUCAAAGCUGCAGGCGAAGCUUCUGGCCCGUCGCGAGCAUCCCAAGCACAAGAACUGGAUCUACGACUGGUGGAACGACGCAGCAUACCUGUCGUACCGCGAUCCUGUCGUCCCCUACGUCAGCUACUUCUACUCUCACCGCGAUGACCGCAAGCGUCGUGACCCUGUCAAGCGCGCUGCCGCCAUCAGCACCGCGGUCUUGAGCUUCAAGAAGGCGGUCGAUGAGGGAACCCUGGAGCCCGAGUACAUGAAGAAAUUGCCCAUCUGCAUGGACAGCUACCAGUGGAUGUUCAACGCCAGUAGGGUUCCCGCUAAGCCGGCCGACUAUCCUGUCAAGUUCGACCCCAAGGCGCACAAGCAUCUGGUGGCCAUCCGCAAGAACAACGUCUACAAGAUCGUCCACGAGGUCGACGGGAAGCAGCUCAACACGGCCGAGCUGGAGGCGCAGUUCCGACGGGUCUACGAGCUGGCUGUGUCGCGCGGUCCGGCCAUCGGUGCCCUCACCUCCGAGAACCGCGACGUGGCUACCGACGCCAGAGAAGUGCUGUUGGGCGCCGAUCCUAGCAACAAGGCCGCCCUCGAGACGGUCGAGUCCGCCUCAUUCGUGGUGUGUCUCGAUGAUGCCGCCCCUGUGACGCUUGAGGAGCGCGCACACAGCUACUGGCACGGAGAUGGACAGAACCGCUGGUUUGAUAAGCCCCUGCAAUUCAUCAUCAACGACAACGGCACAUCGGGCUUCAUGGGCGAGCACAGUAUGAUGGAUGGCACACCAACGCAUCGCCUGAACGACUACGUGAACGACGUCAUCUUCAACAACAAGAUCGACCUCAGCUCGACCGACGUGCGCUCAAACGUCCCCGAGCCGUCCCUGGUCAGGUUUAAUAUCAACAAGGACGUCCAGAAGGAGAUCGACCGCGCGGUCACCGACUUCAACUCGGUCAUUGGGCAGCAUGAGCUGGCCGUCCAGUCCUACCAGGGCUACGGCAAGGGCCUGAUCAAGAAAUUCAAGUGCUCGCCCGACGCCUACGUGCAGCUGAUCAUCCAGCUGGCCUACCACAAGAUGUACGGCAAGAACCGCCCCACGUACGAGAGUGCGGCGACGCGGCGAUUCCAGCAGGGCCGCACCGAGACCUGCCGCUCCGUGUCGGACUCCAGCGUCGCGUGGUGCAACGCCAUGGCAGACCACGGCGUCGACGACAAGACCAAGGUCGGGCUGUUCCGCGAGGCCAUCGCCGCUCACCUCGAGUACAUCAGCGCCGCGAGCGACGGCAAGGGCGUGGACCGUCACCUCUUUGGGCUCAAGAAGCUGCUUGGCCCCGGCGAGGAGCUCCCCGAGAUCUACAAGGACCCGGCCUACGGCUACAGCAGCUCGUGGUACCUGUCGACUUCGCAGCUAAGCUCCGAGUUCUUCAACGGGUACGGGUGGAGCCAGGUUAUCGACGCCGGUUUCGGCAUCGCCUACAUGAUCAACGAGAACAGCAUCAACUUCAACAUCGUCUCCAAGGGCCUAGGAAGCCAGAAGAUGAGCUUCUACCUCAACGAGGCGGCCGGCGACAUGCGCGACCUGUUGACGCCGACCCUCGAGGCGCCCAAGGCCAAGCUGUAA